AGCCGCGCAUGCGCCCCGGGCAGCCGCCGCUUUCCCUUUCCCGCUCCCUCCCACUGCGCGGCCGCAUCCUGGGCUCGGGUCUCCCUUGCAAGUGCGCGGCGGGCCCGGCGGCCGCAGCGAGCGAGGGAUUUUCUCUUCCCUUCCCGGCCUUGCCGCGGCUCGCCGGGGGACGCUGGGCAGAGCCGGCCCCCUGCGCUGAGGCACCCCGGGCCCCCCUGCUGGGGCGCCCCUCGCCAGGAUGUGGAAGCUGGUUCCCGCCGCAGGAACAGGAGAGCCAUAUCGGCUUUUAGCUGGUACAGAAUAUGUUGUUGGACGCAAAAACUGCUCAAUUUUAAUUCAGGAUGAUCAGUCCAUCAGUCGAAGUCAUGCAGUUCUGACUGUAAGUCAUCCUGAAACAAGCCCUAGCCAGUCUCUCUCGGUCCCUGUAUUAACAGUAAAAGAUACAUCCAAGUAUGGUACCUCCGUUAAUGGAUCAAAACUCAAUGGCAGUUCGGUGUCUUUGCAGUCUGGUGAUAGAAUCAACUUUGGAGUCUUUGAGAGCAAGUUUAGAGUAGAGUAUGAACCCUUAGUUGUCUGCUCCUCGUGUUUAGAUGUUGCUCAGAAAACUGCUUUACGUCAAGCCAUCCAGCAGCUUGGAGGCCUUGUAGUGAAUGAAUGGACAAAACAGUGCACGCACCUUGUAAUGGCAUCAGUAAAAGUUACUGUUAAGACUACAUGUGCUUUGAUUUGUGGUAGACCAAUUAUAAAACCAGAAUUUUUUGUUGAACUAAUCAAAGCUAUUCAGUCUGGGCAACAGUUGCCUGAUCAUGAAUGCUUUUAUCCUCCAGUUGAUGAACCUUCCAUUGGCACUCAAAAACUGGAUUUAUCUGAGCGUCAUGAAAGGAAAAAAGUAUUCAGUGGAAAAACUUUUGUAUUUUUAACUGCCAAGCAGCACAAGAGACUGGGUCCAGCAGUUAUUCUUGGCGGAGGGGUAGCAAAAUUGAUGACGGAGGGAAGAAAAGAAACAUCUUUACUGGUUUCUCCUGAAGUCUGUGUUGUUGAUGUGGGGUUGACAAACUCUCAGAUCCCUGGAACUGAUUCCAUUCUGACUCUCUUGCAAAGUAAGGAUCUCAGGGCUAUUCCUGAGGCAGAAAUUGGAUUGGCAGUUAUCUUCAUGUCUACGGAAAAAUACUGCAACCCUCAAAAGCAGCCUGGUAACAAAGCUGUCACUAGAAGUGCUGCCACAUCAGUUCUGCUGCGGAGAGACGUUUCUCAGAGUUUGGCUGUGGAUGAAACCAUUAUGCCAACUGCUGCAGAUAACAGCACAGUAUAUGUAGCUGAUACAGAAACAGAAGAGCAGACAUGUAUGGAGAUAGCGAAUAAUCCCCAGAUGGACAGAAGAUGCAAAAUGGCUUUCCAGGAUAUCACCGCUGUGAAGAAAAACCCCAACACAAGUGGCAAUGUAAAUGCAGGAGCUUCAAUAUCUAGAAUGAACAGAACACCUGGGUUUAGUCAAAAAAGUGAUCCUGUCUCGCCAUCCAAAAUUUCAGAAGCUGGUAAACCCAGUGAGUGCGCUUCACAUCGCCAGUCUAACACAAUUACAAAUUACUUCCAGGUAGCUAGAAAGAGGGAAAGAGAUGAAGGAGGAGAAGAAACAUCUGUACCCAAAGUACCAAAACUGGGGGAACGGUCAUCGCCUGUUUCCAAAUGCACUGAAUCCACAGCUUCAUCCAUGUGGAACAGGAAGGGAGAACAGCAUCAAAAGGGAAAUACAAUCGUGGACUCAAACCCAGAUUUUGUGUUAGAAGACACAGGUAGAGAGCUUACAGGGAAAAGUGGCAAACUAGCAAGUGAUAAAACAGACACGAAAAUUACUUCUAGUGAAAAGCAUGCACCAAAGAAGAGAAAGGAGUUAGAUGAUUUAUCUGAAGAUACAGAGGCUCUAGAAAUUGUGUUUGGAAGCAGAGACCUAGACUGGGAAGAUCAAAUGGCAGAUCAAGACCAGGAAGCUCAAGGAAAUAUUAAAAAAAAAAGAUGCUUGGAAGCCAAAGGAAGCUCGAUUCAGAAAGUCAAUGUAAAGCAGAGAGACGAGAAUAAAAUGUUGAAAGAAGAGGAACUUGAAUCAGUUUUAUCUUCGGAAAUGAAAAGCGAGAUCAAGCAAGAGACACCAGUCUUGGAUGACUCCAGCAAUCUUCCUAGCAGACUUCUGUUGACUGAGUUUAGAUCAUUGGUUGUCAGCCAUCCAAGACAGAGCACUCAGUUUACUGGAAAUAGCAGCUACGGGGGGAAGAAAAAUUUCAAAAUGUUCAAAAAGGUAGCUUAUCCAGGGGCAGGACAACUUCCAUACAUUAUUGGAGGAUCAGAUUUGAUUGCUCACCAUGCUAAGAAGAAUUCAGAGCUAGAAGAGUGGUUAAGGCAAGAAAUGGAGGAACAGAACCGACAUGCAAGAGAAGAAUCACUUGCUGAUGAUCUCUUUAGAUAUGAUCCUAACGUGAAAAGGAGAAGAUAAAUCAUGACCUGAAUUUACAGUGAUUCUGUAGAAAAAUCUGCUUUUCUGUUCGUUAGGUGUGCUGGUUGCAGUGUGUAAUAUAUGCCUACGUAUCAACAUUUGAGCUAUUAUUGUAAGACUUGUUUUUAAGUCUUUCUUUUAUUAAAGAAAAAGAAGAGUUUCUUUCACUGCUUGGUACUUACAGAUUACAGAUUUUCAGGACCUUAAUAAAUUUGCUUCAGAGAAAUGCUCAGUAAAAUACCACAGAUACUUAAGAUUUCACUUUAGGCUGUUUAUUUCUAAUGUUAGCUUAUCUGUACUAGUUUGGGGAAAAAAAAGGAAGUUAGCAUCAGGCUUUUUUUAGAAAGGCUUUGUUAAUUAGGUUUAUGUAUAUUGUUGAUUUUGAUUUGAGGUGGAGGUUUUUGAAGACUUCAUAAGUAAAUUAGACCAAACUUUAAAUUUGUUUCUCACUUUAUUAUUUAGUGCCCUGUGCACGAUGGAUGUGCCCACCAUGUAACUGGGGGAGCACCCACGGAAAAAGACUUGGCGAUUUCUUUAUAGUUCUUGUUUGAGAUGCCUGUAUCAACACUUCCAACAUGAUCUUCAGCUUUCUUUGCAGUCUUUCACAGGCAGCUGUGUGCUCUCAAGAGGGGAAGAAAUUGUGAGGAUUUCCACAGUAGUGCUGAGAAAAAAAAAAGUUAGAUCAGCACUUGGCUGAAGAUGGACCCAGCGUAUGUUGUUGGUUUGGGUCCAAUCUGAGAGUGCCUCAUAGGUGAUAGUUUAAUUUCUAAAUCAGCAUCUGCUGUCUGGUUGAUGAGAAACCUGUAGGUGAGUGAGCCUGAGCCUUUUGUUAUUUCAACACCGAGUUAUGCUUACAUUAAAAAAGAAGAUUAGGCAUCUAAAUGUCUACUCCUUAACCAUGGCUUGAAUUCCAAAUUCAUGUAACAAAUCCUAUUGAUAGCACUGAAGCUUUCUUUCCAUUUUACUGUAAUUUUGUCAUGAUUUUCAGCUCCAGGCAUUGGAGGAAACAUGCUUGUUGGCUUACUGGUUUGGGCCUUCUGUUACUGAAGUUUCUGAGGUAGAUGAUGGAGGACAUGAUUACAUGAUCCAAGUCUUGGGAGUGUGAACAUCCAAUAAAUUACAUAAGUAUUUGCCUUA